UUGAUUAAAAUGGCCGCCAAGCCUGAGCGCAUCAACUUGUCAAAUUCGGAUAAAAUUCUAUAACUUAGGAAUUAAGAAAGGAUAUUUCGAGAUGAGUGGAGCCGAAGGCGGAGGUGGUGCCUCAUCUGAGGGGGAGUAUGCACGCUAUUUUAAGCCAGGUUACCGCAACCCUGAGGGGAUCAUGGCAGCAGACAUAGUUCCACUGCUGAGGGAGAAAAUCGCCUAUCUGUCAGGUGGUCGUGAUAAACGGGGUGGACCAAUCCUGACAUUUCCCUCUCACACCCACCCAGAGAAGAUGCGCUAUGAUGACCUACGUAAACUUAUGACAUAUCUCGCAAGUGUGCCAUGUGAUGAGGUGAAGGAAAGAGGCUUCACAGUCAUCAUAGAUAUGCGAGGGUCAACGUGGAAUAAUGUAAAACCAAUACUCAAAGCCUUACAGGAGUGUUUUCCGGGGAAUGUGAAUAUAACAUUUAUCAUCAAGCCAGAGAAAUUUUGGGAGAAGCAGAGAACCAGUAUAGGUAGUUCGAAAUAUAAAUUUGAGACACACAUGAUCUCCAUAGACAGCUUACUGAAGAUAGUUGACUCAGAUCAGCUAACUGCAGAUUUUGAUGGAACGCUAAAUUAUUUUCAUGAGGAGUGGAUAGAGCUUAGAUUGCUUUUGGAAGAAUUCACCUACAAAACCACAGAUUUGCUAGCAAGAUUUGAUCAAAUCCAGUUGAUCCUGAAACACCCCGAGUUGCCAGAGGACUUGAAGGUCUCCCAGUACAGACUAGAAGAACAUGGCAGGAUCAAAACCAAGGUAGACCACGCCCCCAUUGACACUCUGGACCUAGAGGGGAGGAGGAUCUUGCAGAGAAUAGGUGCUUAUAAUAGAGAUGGCAGUUACAAUGAGACAGGGCCGGUGCAUUCUGGGAAUGCAGACUUCAUCACCGUGGUUCCUCAGAUCAAAAAAUUCCUUGAUAAUCUCCACUCUACCAGGCAGCAUUUGUACCAGCUAUGGCACCUGAAGAAAGCCAAGCUAGACCAAUGCCAUCAGCUUAGACUCUUUGAGAGAGAUGUAGACAAGACAUAUGACUGGCUCAACCGUAGUAAGCGUUCUUUCCUGGUCAGCUACACCAGAAUUGGCAUGUCUUUCCAGAAUGCUCAGGAGCUGCAUGAACUCCACACAGGGUUUGCCAAAGACUCUUUGAAUAUCUACAACAGCAUAAGUCGUAUCCUGUCAAUAGCAGAGCAGUUGGUUGAGUCGGGUCACUAUGCUGCCAAUACUAUCCAUGUCCAGUCCACUAAGUUGGACCGGGAGUGGAAAGCUUACCAGGCUGCCCUUGAUGACCGCAGCACAGUAUUAAGCAUGUCUGUGAUGUUCCAUAAAAGAGCUGAGCUGUAUCUGAACGAAGUUCCCAACUGGCAGUCUGCUAUAGAGAAGGUAGAGGUUCCAGAGGAAACCCAGCAGAUAGAAGAAGCCAUCAGUCAGCACCAGAAUCUCAUUGAAAUUAUUAACCAGUCUUAUACUGAGAUGGUCGAGAUCUCAUCGCUCGCUCAAUUAGCAGUAGAGAAACAGGAAAUGGUGUGCCAGGAAGGCAAACAGCUGUUAGACACUCUUCAGACUCCCAUAGUUAGCUGUAGCACCAACUCCAUCACAGCCAAGGCAGAUUACUCUGAGGGGGCGGCUCAUGUAUUGGAUGUUGUUCAUGAGGUACUAGCCCAGCAUAGACAGCUGGAAGAUGAGUGGCAUGAAAAGAAAGUAAAACUACACCAGAGACUGGGGUUGAAAUUAUUCCAGCAGGAUGUCAAGCAGGUUAUAGAUUGGUUGACAAUGCAUGGGGAAGUAUUUUUGGAGAAGAAUCUCACUAUUGGAAAGAAUCAAAGCCGUGCCAAACAGCUGCAGAAAGGACAUGAGAAUUUUGAAGCCAUAGCACAGAACACAAUUACCAAUGCAGACAAACUUCUUGCAGCUGCAGAUGAACUUGCUCAAACCGGAGAGUGUGAUCCGGAGGAAAUCUACAAUGAAGCACGCGACUUGGAGGAGCGCAUGCAGAACUUCCUCACACGGGUAGAACAGAGGAGGAAUCUCCUUGAUAUGACAGUGAACUUUUACACUCAUGUCAAAGAAUUAACAGAUUGGUUUGAUGAUCUGAAACAAGAGCUGCAGAGUUCUGAGGUAGCAGACAGUGUGGAGGGAGCAGAGCAGUUGCUAGGCCAGUUCCACCAGCAGAAAAGUGCCACAGAGGAUGCUUCCAUAAACACACUUUGUGAAGGAGAACAUUUACUAGAAGAGCUCAGAAGUAUUUAUCAAAAAGAAGAUAUGGCAGACAAUGGAGAUUAUGCCCAGAUUGAAGGGGUGAUCAAGCAGUUGGAUGACAGUAGAAAACAACUGGAAAACUUAUGGAAUGCCAGAAAACUAAAACUUGACUUGUGUUUACAACUAAGACUGUUUGAGCGCGAGGCACUGGAGGUGUCGUCGCAGUUAGAGAUGUGGUCAGAGGAGUUGCAGCACGUAGAUCUGAGCACGGAUGCACAUCAUGCAGAGCACAUGUUACAGCUGCACAACGAGAGUGUCAUGCACAUGCAGAACAUCACCUUUGAGGUAUUGCACAGAGGACAGGAGCUUUGCACACUGUUUGAAAACUCUGGCAUCCAGUUGAUGGCUGAUUCCCAAUACGAUGCUCAGACCAGAGUUCAAGUUCUGCUAGAGUAUCUACACGAAAGGGAAAUGGAUCUAGAGGACAUUGCUGAAGCAAAGCGCAUCAAGUUGGACCAGUGCGUUCAGCUGCGUCAUUUUGAAACAGAGGCACGACAGGUAAUCACCUGGAUUCGCAAUGGAGAAUCCAUGCUUACUGCCAGCUUUAUGUGUCCUACAGCACUGCAUGAGGCUGAGCAACUGAAGAAGGAACAUGAACAGUUCCAAGUUGCUAUCGAGAAAACCCACGUAAGUGCCCUGCAGGUGACACAGCGUGCGGAGCAGAUGCUGGAAAGCCACCAUUACAACAGCGAGCUGGUCCGCUCCAUUGCUGAGAAUGUCACCUCAAAAUGGCAGCAACUCAUGUACCAUGCAGAAGAGAGGCACAAACUAGUGAUGGCCUCCAUGAACUGGUACAAAACUGCAGAACAGGUGUGUUCAGUAUUGGAGAGCCUGGAGCGUGAAUAUAGGAGAGAUGAAGACUGGUGUAGCACAGACAAGGCAGACCAGGCAGAGAAGGGGGCAUACCUGGUGCAGUUAAUUAACAAACACUUAGAACAAAAAGAGGCAUUUCUCAAGGCCUGUACUCUUGCCAGAAGAACUGCCGAGACCUUCCUGAAGUAUGUACACAGGAAUGUUCACCAACUGGGCAUGCAGAUGAAAUCUGCCAGUCCAGAGCAACAAGUCAAAGCCACGUUGGAGCAACUCCUUCAACAUGAAAAUAUGGUGCUCGAGUUCUGGACAUUACGCAAGAAGAGACUUGACCAGUGCCAACAGUUUGUACUUUUUGAAAGCAGUGCUAAACAAGCACUUGAAUGGAUCCAUGACACUGGUGAGUUCUAUCUCUCAACUCACACAAAUGUGGGAGAAAACUUGGAAGAGACAGAGACCCUGCUCAAAGAGCAUAAUGAGUUCAAAGCCACAGCUAAGGAGACUAGAGAAAAAGUGAAACUGUUACUCCAGCUGGCAGACAGCCUGGUGGAGAAGGGCCACGCCCAUGCAGGCAGCAUCAAGACAUGGGUGGCCACAGUGGACAGCAGAUAUAAGGACUUUGCCUCCAGGAUGGAGAAGUACAGAGUUAAACUGGAGACCACCCUGGGAGUACAUUCUCCAGAGUGUGAAAAUGAAAACAGGCAGAGUGACCCAAAUCUUGAAGAAAAGCUUCAGCAAACAGCCAAAGAAUUAAAUGAAGAGAAAAGAAAGUCAGCCAGAAGAAGGGAGUUCAUAAUGGCUGAACUUCUUCAAACAGAAAGAGCAUAUGUUAAAGACUUAGAAACGUGCGUCAAACAAUAUUUAGCAGAGAUGCUGGAUCCAAAUAACACAAACAUUCCUACAGCCAUUCGGGGCAAGCAUAAUAUUAUAUUUGGGAACAUAGGAGAAAUAUAUGAAUUCCAUAACAGUAUCUUCCUUAAGGAGUUAGAAAAAUAUGAGACACUUCCAGAAGAUGUGGGGCACUGUUUUGUCACCUGGGCUGAAAAGUUUAAUAUAUAUGUGACUUAUUGCAAGAACAAACCAGAAUCUAACAAUUUCAUAGUACAACAUGCUGGAAACUUUUUUGAGAAAACCCAGCAGAAAUACAACAUCAAUGGUCCAAUAGCUUCCUAUCUGAUCAAACCUGUACAGAGGAUCACCAAAUAUCAGCUGCUACUCAAAGAUCUCAUUUCAUGCUGUGAGGAGGGGAAAGGAGAAAUCAAGGAUGGACUGGAGGUGAUGUUAAGUGUGCCAAAGAAAGCCAAUGAUGCCAUGCAUUUAAGUAUGCUGGAAGGUAUAGAGGAAGAUCUGGAAGUGUUGGGGGAAUGUUUUCUCCAGGACAGAUUUACGGUGUGGGACACCAAACAGAUUAUAAAAAAGGGGAGGGACAGGCACAUCUUCCUCUUUGAUAUGUGCCUCAUAUUUGCCAAAGAGUACAAAGACAGCAACGGAAAAGCCAAGUAUAUCUUUAAAUUUAAGUUAAUGACUAGUGAGAUCAAUAUCACAGAGCACAUAGAAGGAGAUGAGUGUAAACUUGCCCUUUGGACAGGUGUGGUCCCUGUGGCAGACUCCAAAAUUGUUCUCAAGGCCAGCUCAUUAGAAACCAAACAGCAGUGGGUGAAAAAGCUAAGAGAAUUGAUUCAAGAAAGGAUGAUGUUCCUCAGCACUGCAUUGAACGAGCCACUGACAAAGUUCAAGCCAGCAAGCAAGACAUUCAGUGCCAGCCAGAGAAGCAGCAGGGACCUGGAUGAGAGUUCCCUGGAUGAUAUGAGCUUUGAACAGCAUGAGAGAGGUUCUCUGAUAUCUGUGAACUCCAAUGCCACAACAGUGAGCAGUAACAGUAGCAGUAGCGGAGGAAAUAAGAGUGGUGAAGUUGCUGUUGUAGUGGAAGACUACUCAGCAGCUCAAAGUCAAGAACUUACCAUACACAAAGGAGAACAAGUGGAAGUGCUAUCUGUCUCCUCAGAAAGACCUGACUGGUGCUUAGUUCGUACUCUGUCCACAGAGGGUGCUGCUCAACAAGAAGGGCUGGUCCCUGUAGCAGCACUGAAACAGGUGCCAAGUAUGAAGAUUUCUGGCUCUAGGAGCAGCAUGGAAAUGGAAGAGUCUGCAGGCAGCUCGGCUGAUCCCAGUCCAAAUACGUCCACAAAUUCUCUAAGUAACACAAGUGGGGGGUUCUCCUCCUCUCCUGGAAAUAAAAGGAGGAGCAGCUUUAGGAAAUGGUUAAGUAAUCCAGUGCGGAAGCUCAGCUCAACCAAGAUCGACAAAAACGUGACUGAGAAAAAUAGUGACAUGCCGCGUAGCAAGUCGGACAAGCAAGAUAAGAAGUCUACAGGAGGAAGAUUUGCGUUCAAGAUGAGCAAGGAAAAGCACUUCCUCAGUGGGUCUGAUGACAGUAAGAGAACAGAGUCUCCACCUCUAGCUCAACAAGAAGAUUUACCGGCAGAGGAACAAUCUGAGGUUCACAACAUUCAGCCCCGUCAUGCAUGCACAGUGUCUGCCGAGCCACCGCAGCAAAAUGGGCAAGCCAACGGAGCGGUAAGCGCCGGGGCAACAACCACGGAGGAAGUUGAAGAAGCACCGGACUUGGAACUGCCACCACCCAUGGAAAUUCAGGAGCACUUGUUUGGCUCAAACCCUACCUCACAAGAAGAUGUCCAUGCUAAACUGUCCUCUUCUUUGUCAUUGAAGGCAACAGACACAGCAAACCCAACAGAGCUGGCCUCAGAAUUGGAAACAAUGGUCAAGCAAAAAAUGGAGUUUGGUGAUAAUAUGGAGGAGAAGGAUACAUGUGAGGGCCCUGAAGAAGGGGAGGAAGAUGCAACCCCAGAGCCAGCCGUAGACGAUCCUGAAGCUGUCAAGAAAAAGUAUUUACAGAAGCGACAGUAUGUUGUGCUGGAGUUAAUAGAAACAGAAAGGGACUAUGUCAAAGAUUUAGGGUCAAUUAUAGAGGGUUAUAUGGAGGAAAUGAAACAAGGUCAUUUGCCAGAAGACAUGGAAGGCAAGGAUAAAAUGAUCUUUGGGAACAUUCAACAGAUAUUUGAAUGGCAUAGAGACACAUUUAGCAAAGAACUAGAAAAAUGUGCAGAUGAACCUGAUAGGAUAGCACUGAACUUCAUUAGAUAUGAAAGAAGGCUAUAUAUGUAUGUGAAAUACUGUGAAAAUAAACCCAAGUCAGAUUUUAUAGUAGCAGAAUUCUUAGACACUUAUUUUGAGGAAUUGCGACAGAAAUUGGGACACAGGCUCACACUACCUGACUUACUGAUCAAGCCAGUCCAAAGAAUUAUGAAAUAUCAGCUUCUGCUCAAGGAUAUAAUGAAACAUACUCAGAAAGCAGGUUUGGAUACCAAAGACCUGGAGAGAGCCCUGGAGGUGAUGAGAGUGGUUCCUAAGGCUGCCAAUGAUAUGAUGAAUGUGGGCAGGCUACAGGGAUUUGAUGGGAAAAUUACAGCACAGGGAAAACUAUUGCAUCAGGACACAGUCCAGGUGGCCGAGUUUGUUCCUGGAGGACAACAUAAGUUUAAAGAACGCAGAGUUUUCCUGUUUGAACAGAUCAUUAUCUUCAGUGAUAUGAUUGAUAGAAAGAAGGGGAACAUCUCAAAUCCAACUUACAUUUACAAGAACAGCAUAAAAGUCAAUAAAAUGUCGCUCAUUGAAUCCAUAGAAGAUGAACCCAAUUGUUUUGUCUUGGUGGAUAGAGCGCCAGGCUCUGACGCCAGGUGGAUACUACAAGCUGCAGGCACGGAGCAGAGAGACAUGUGGAACAGUCUCAUACGACAAAUUUUAGACAUGCAGGGAGAUUUUCUGAGAGCAUUGCAAUCACCAAUAGCCUACCAAAAAGAACUCACAAAAGAAUUGUCUGCUCCUGAUAUUGGUAGUUUAACCAGGAACAGUGCUCUGCGGAAGACGCAGUCUUCACCAGUCAGUCCGCCGCCAUUAGGAACAUGCUCAGAAUGUGGCCAAGAGGAUAAUGGGACAAGUAAAGAUAAGAAAAAACAUUCACGAUGUCGUUCAAUACCAGGACCUCUGCCAACGCCAGAUUCAAAGAGAAAUGAUGAAAAUCGCCAGCACAAAGCUUCAUUACCCAAUUCUCCGGUGGAAAGAACUGCAUCAUCCUCUAUACCACGUCCCAAACAUUCUUCAGUUUCACAUCACGAUGAUGCAAAGAAAACCCACUCUUUGCCUCAUUCCAAAGAAGUCAAAAGUAACAAAAAGAACCUUUUUGAAGGAUUUUUCAGUGGUUAUAAAACUAAAACCUCUCCCAGAUCAGAGGGGGGUGGAGGGCCCAAGAGCCCUACUGACUUACACCACAGUGGAUCAAUGCCUGAUAUUAUUAAAGACAGUGACAAGCAAAAAACACCACAAGAGAACAGUAGAGAAACACAAGAGGAUGGAAGCUCUCCUACUGAGAAAUCACCAAUCUUAGCCAAGGCCUUAGUGGACUAUACUGCCGUUAAAGAGGAUGAAAUCUCCUUGCUCAAAGGUGAAACUGUUCAAAUUCUUGCCACCAACCAACACAAUAUGUGCCUGGUUCAUAGAACGGCCAAUGAAAAUUCGCCGGCUGCCGAGGGAUGGAUUCCUGGACAUGUGAUUGGACGGAGGGACUCUGAAAGUACAGGUAAAACUUGGCACCAGGGGCUGAAGCUACGAAAACCAAGCUGGGGUAAGAAGCAGAAAGAGAAGGGUGGAAGUCUGGACCGCAGGCUUUUCACAAGACCCAAAGAUACUCAGCAAGCUGUUAAGGUACAAGGCUUCCACAGUCUCCUAAAUCCAGACUUCAUGUAUGAAAUUCCACCGAGUUUUAACCAGCCUCUGUGUGACGUCACGGUUCGAAAAGGCGAUGCUGCCCUGUUCACAUGUCAGGUGUGUGGCCGUCCCUGGCCAGUGGUCACUUGGAAAGGCCCAGAUCACAAUAUUUUGUCCCCUUCUGCUGAUACCACAAUUAGUUAUGAUGAUGAGGGCAAUGCUUCACUCAAGCUCCAUCGUGUAACAACUCAGCAGAGUGGAGAGUAUACCUGUGUUGUCAGCAGUGAGGUGGGCUCUGAAGUUAGCAUAGCACAGCUUACUGUUUUAGAUGUGCCAGACCCCCCUGGAAUGCCAGUGAUUACCCUGCAGAAGGGGGCCUCUGUCCAGCUGGAUUGGAUGCCUCCACAUGCCACAGGCAAUGCUCCAGUACAGGGGUAUACUGUGGAAUUUACUGAACAAGGUGUCAAUCUCUGGCAGGCUGCCACCCCAUUCGUCCCCAGCACGCAUCAUGUGAUCUCUGAUCUCACUCCAGGCUCCACCUACCAGUUUCGCAUCAGUGCCCAUAAUUCCAUAGGGAUCAGUGAACCUGGCCCCCCCUCACAGCCUGUUACCAUUAACGAAUCAGAUUCUUCAACUCUAAAAGAUGAGAGCAUUACAGCAAAAUGGAAAGCUACCUAUGCAAAAGACUACACUGAAUUGGGUGAACUUGCAAGGGGCAGAUUUUCUGUGGUGAAGAAAUGUCUUCAGAAGUGUUCAGGGCGUGAUGUGGCUGCAAAGUUCAUCAGCAAGAAAAAACUAAGUAAACAGAAUGCUGAGAAUGAGUUCACCACUUUGAUGGGUCUCCAGCAUGUUCACCUAUGCAGUGCCAUGGACCUGUAUGAUACUUCUAAAUACUUUGUUAUCAUUCUUGAGUUGCUGCCCAGUGGAAGGCUGUUUGACUACAUCUGCAGUCGCCCCACCCUGGAUGAGGUACAAGCAGCUUGUUAUAUUCGACAACUGCUGGAUGUCAUCCAGUACCUUCACAACUGUAGAAUUGCACACCUGGACAUCAAGCCUGAAAACCUCUUAGUAGACCUGACCAGUAUGACACCACGGCUCAAGCUAAUAGACCUGGGUGAUGCCCACCACAUCCACAACAGCUACUAUGUCCACCAGCUAGUGGGCAGUCCAGAGUUUGCUGCCCCAGAGUUGGUCAAGGGGAUCCCAGUGGGGUUGCUGACAGAUAUAUGGGGUGUUGGUGUGAUUAUCUAUGUGAUGUUGAGUGGAGUGUCACCAUAUCUGGAUGAGAGCCUGGAGGAAACGUGUUCCAAUAUAGUUCACAACGACUACUGUUUCCCAGAAGACUACUUUGAGGGAGUGUCUCAGGAGGCCAGGGAUAUCAUCAAGUUGAUGCUGGUCACUGAUCUGAGCCAAAGACCAACUGCUCAAACAUGUCUUGAACAUGCAUGGGUAAAACGUGCCAGCACGCCAAGAAGCUCACCGAACAAAUUCCAUCAGAUUUCUACUGACAGAUUAGCAGAUUUUCUGGAGCGCAGGAGACAUCAGCAACUGGGUGAGCUUAUGGAUACAGAGGUCGACUGAUGCAUGUGUGCUGCAGCCUCUCCUUCCCCACCACCAUCUUUAGUGACAUAGGACCUGACUAAAUGACAUGAACCAUCUGGCACUGGAAUUAUUUCUUUGGUUGAAGGCGGCUUUACGUUGGUGCUUUUGGUCACUUUAUUUAUCACCCGUCACAUUGGCAAUAAAAUUCUCGAGAAGAAUUCAAAUUGCUUCAUUUGUUUUGAAUUGAAAUGUUUUUGGUUAUUUUACUGCUUUAAUAACCAUUUGACAAUGUGUAGAAGUAGAUUUGAGUUGUCUUGACAAAUUUUGCUUUCUUCUUUUUUGCUGAUUUUUGGAGCAUUGGCCUUCCUUAAUGCCAGGUUGUAUUAUAACAUUUGCCUUUGAUCAGAGCUUACUCUUAUUAUUCAAGUAUACCAUAAAGGUACUUUUGGAAUCUCACUGUGGCCUGUAGGUUACUACCUAGUUAUAACUGAUAUGUAUAAAUUCAUUCACUUUCACUGUCAUCUUGUACCAUACUGAAUGAGAAAAUGUCUCCACUGCACUUGCAGCAUAUAAGGAACAGUUAACUCAGUUAAGCAAAACCUUCUCAAUGUUUUACAUAGACACCAUGGAGAUCAAUUUUCAGAUUUCCUUUUAUUAUUUUUCAACAUGUGAUACACAAUUUACAUUAGUGUAAAAGCAUGUCUCGUUCUUAUAUUUGUCAGUGGUGCUUUGAGAGUCAGAGUAGUCUACUAGUUGUAUGUCUUUUUGUACAUUAUAUGUCAAGUGCUUGUACAUUGAUGUGUCAUUUUCCUGAUUGACUUGAGGAAAAGGGGUGAUCUUUUUUCUUCAUUUGUUGGAUGCAAGUGCUCAUUUAAAAUGGCAUUCUAUUGUAAAACACAUCUCUACUCAAUUUUAUGGAAUAACUGCCAUUGAAGCAUAUGUAUUUGUCUCUAAAUAUGGAACUUAAUAGAAAGUUUCAUUACAUUAAAAAUGUAACAUCAGGCACCGUGUAUAAUAUCACGUAUCAAAUUUGCAAACAUUGUUUUGCAGACUGUAUAUGACUUGCAUUUUAAACUAAAUUUCUUUAGAUAAAAGUAAUAUGUGGAAAAAUGUACAGUUUUUUUUCUUUUUAUGAGAUAUAUAUUAGAAGUAUCAAUAUUGAAUAUAAUCAUACCAUUUGAAAAAUUAGAAUAUAUCUUAAGUCAUAUUUAUUUUGCUGUGCACUUGCCAUCUAAUAAGUGAGAGCCAUUGAGAUAUUCACAGGUGUUCUUAAUUUAUGACCAUUGUACAGUUUUGUAAAAGCUGAUUUUGUUAGAAGGUAGUAGAUGUUGAAUAUGUGCCAUAAAAAUCAUAAUAUUUAAGGUGUAAUUGUACAUGAAGUUUAAAUUAUUCCUUUAUACCCAAUAGAAAUGCUUGCAUACACCCACCUUUCUUUCUGGUAAUUUCUUUGAGAUUGUAGACUGUUUUAAAACAUUGGAUUGCACAAGGAUCUUGCUUUCCUCUGACAUUAGCUUUAGGGUGUAGAGAAGGACACUCAACAGGGUAAUUAUACUACUUGACCACCAAGAUACCGUCUUAUUUCUUUAGAUGUAAUGGCCAGUAUGCUGUUGAGAAAAUCGAUGUUCCAAAAGCAUGGGUUCUAGAGAUCAUGUUGUACAGAUAUAUUGAAUUUCCCAGUUUUCAAACAUCCAUGGCAUCUCUAUGGAGUGUGAUGCAUUUCACUUAUUUAUUGGUGUGCAAUCUGAUACAUGUUAUUUUGAUCAAUAAAUAAAAAUCAUUUACCUGUUUUUCUUUUGUGCUAAAAGCUUUUCUGUUGU